UACAGCAGUGUCACGCGGGGGAAAUGGCGGCGGCCACGUCCGUACGUGACGUCAUCGGGAGGCGCCGCGCGACGAUGCUGGAGGCGCUGGGCGGCGGGGGGCUGCUGCUCGUGAGGGACACCGCCGAGUCCGAGGGUCGGAGCCUCCUGAGGGCGCUCGUGAGCGAGGCCGUGGCCAGGGCCGAGCAGGUGCUCGUGGUUCUCCUGGAGGUGCCUCGGGAGCAGUUCCAGGAGGGGCUGAGCCCCGAAGUGAGGGAGAGGCUCCAUUUCUGGGAUCUCUUCGGGGACCCCCUGGGGUGGCUGGGCCGGGGUCCCCCCCCCUGCCCCUCCCCCUCUGGGGAUCCCCCCCGCCCCUCCCCCUCGGGGGGCUCCUGGGGGGUCUCCCCUCCCCCCCCGGGGGUCUCCUGGUGCUGGACUCGCUGAGCUGGGCCCUGCUGAGGGAGCCCCUCCCCCACCUGUGCCGGGGGCUGGGGGCGCUGCUGGGGGGGAGCCCCAAAAACGGAGUCCCUGAGCCUCCUCCCCGACGGCUCCUUGGGGCCCCCCCUGGAUCUGGGACCCCCCCAGGACCCCCCAAACGGCCCCAAAUUGGGGGAGCCCC